CAUCUGAAUAGACUCGUGUCAGACAAACUGUAUCUGGACUUGAUGGGAAACCAAGCUGGAAUACCAAGCAGCCCUUCGAUCUGCUGGCAGAGAGGGGGACUGGCUCAGUAAGUAAUCUUGCCUUGCAGUUGCGAAGGUACUCCAUAAAGGAGUGAGCCCUCUCGCUGCACAGCCCUGCAAGACACGCCUGCCUGGGCUGUCUCUGUCCUCAUUCCUUCAAACCAGUUCCAACAAUAACAGCAACUCCUGCAUGCAACUGCCUCAUUAGAGAGAUGUAUUUUUCCCUUUUCCACUGAGGGAUGAAGCUUCCAAAUCCUUGUGAUGUGAGGAGGUGAGGAUGUCUGCUGACAAGUCCAAAUGAUAUUUUCAGGUGUUCUACUGAUCUUGGCACUGACAGAAGAGCUGGUGUUUUCUGUUCAGGUACUGUCUCCCGCUGUCUCCUCCUCUCAGGGCUUCCCGAUGAACACUACAACUAUCACAGCCAUGGGAACAACACCUCAUCACAAAGACCACCACCCGGCAGAGCCCCUUCCCACGUCUGCUCAAGCCAUGUCCCACCCCAUCAGCCUGGUGGAGAAAGCCCCUUCCAGCGGGCAAGAGCAGGAGAGCGGCCCUCGCAUCGGCGAAAAGGAAACUUACCGUUUAUACAACCAGAGUGCUUUGUACUCAGGACAGUCUCGCCCCAAGGGGAAAAUAUUCCAGGUUUUCAAAGGCAACUUCUCAGAGUCGUCAGAGCCUUACCUAAAGACGACCCUGCACUCUCCCUUCCCUACCCUGAGGAGCCCUUUCACAGGCCACCCAUUACAGUCCCAGACCACAGCAUCCAGCGAUCCAAAUGGAACGGGGCUGGCAAGAACUACACAUUCAGACCCUUCUCCCCACCACAACACCUCGGGAAGCCUUAGGGAAGCAGAGCGAGGGGAUGGGACCGAGGUACUAGUGCAGGAGGCAGAUUUUGCCACCACAACUGCUGGACCAUCAACUGAUCCUGAAGCAGUGUCGGUGCCUUUUAAACCCACCCGCAAUGGUGUGUGGGAUAUACUGAGCAAAAACAACUCUUGGGUAACCUUGAAUCUCAGUACAAAUGUCCCUCUGUUUGCUGGCUCUGGAUCUGCUACAGCAGCAGCUGGUCACUCAGUUCAGACCACUUUUAACGUCAGCAUCUCGUCCCCGACGGCGGGAGACCCUGAGGGACUCGCUCCAACGCAGCACAGCGCAGUGACCAAUGCCACGUCACCUGGCAGUGCUCUCUCCUCAGUGCCUGCCACGAGGUUGUCCAGCUCCACUUCCACAGCUGGCUCCACCGCCACCGGGAACUUCCUGAAUAGACUGGUUCCUGCUGGGACCUGGAAACCAGGUGUGCAAGGAAACAUCUCCCAUGUCACCGAGGGGGACAAACCCCAGCACAGAGCAACCAUCUGUCUCAGCAAGAUGGACAUUGCCUGGAUCAUUCUGGCUAUCAGCGUCCCUAUAUCCUCAUGUUCAGUUCUGCUGACAGUCUGCUGCAUGAGAAGGAAGAAGAAGACAUCUAACCCAGAGAACAACCUGAGCUAUUGGAAUAAUGCUAUUACCAUGGACUACUUCAACAGGCAUGCUGUAGAGUUACCAAGAGAGAUCCAGUCGCUGGAGACUUCGGAGGACCACCUGUCCGAGCCGCGCUCCCCGGCCAACGGCGACUACCGCGACAGCGGGAUGGUCCUGGUGAACCCCUUCUGUCAGGAAACGCUGUUUGUGGGACACGAGCAAGUCUCUGAAAUAUGACCCCGCCGCUGCCCCUGUACUGCAGUUUCAUCUCCACUGUCUCCAAAUUAUAAAUAAAUAUAUAUAUAUAUUAUAAAUAUAACCUUUGUGUAACCCUGAAUUACAAGAAAUGUUUUCAGCUUUUCUUUUGUCCCUCAGAAUUGUCAGCCCCUUUUUUAUAAGUGUGGUAAAACUUUACAGAACAAACUGUGGCUUUAUAAAAUAAAGGUAUUUCUAAGCAAAA